UCAGGACAAAUUUUGUGAUUGAUCUACUGAAGCAAAUAACUCCAACAAGUUAUCAUACUAUCCUCUCUUUGUUAUUUCCCACAAAUAUCUAUCAUUUUCCUUUUUAUUUGGGUCAGUCCAUUAUUGACUUCGGCUAAUUCUGCCUUGAAUGUGUCAACUUGCUUGAUGAAUGCAAUUUCCAUUACAAAGGUGCUGUUCUUUCUCUUCAAUAUUUUGAGAUACGGUAAAACGACUAGCAUAAGACAUUUUCCAAACUUGCUGUAGGAUAAUCUCAUGCCUCAUCACAUGAGGUGCUUAAAUCAAGAGAAAAAGGGAAGUUUAUGUCAAUGAACUUGGAAAAAGGAAUUAUGAGCAGCUGGCAUAUCCUGCAUAUGGCAUCUAGUUCGUUCAGAAAGAUAUGGAAGACCACAAGUCUCCAACGAAAAGAUGGAAAGGAAAGUGGCAAAUACAUGGUUUUCAAAGGGACCAUCAAAAACUUAAUACAGAAUGGAGCAUUCGCAUUAGAGGAAAGUAUUUCCUUGUUUCAUGGUAGAGCAAACCCCAUCCGCUACUUCUCAGUAGAUGAGCUCAACUCUAUGAAUUUGGAACAACACUCAAUGUUCUUCAAGGAAUUAGAUGUUAAGUGGUACAAAGGUUUCUGGGAAGGAAGGUAUGUUUUAGUAAAGGAGCAAUCUGAAAAGUAUAGUCCUAAUCUGACAUCCGGAACCUUUCGUGAAAUUGUGGUUGCUGCACAAAUGAGCGCGCAUAAGAAUGUGCACAAGCUUCUCGGCUGUUGUCUUGAAACAAAAUACACUGUCCUUGUUUUUGAGUGGGUAGAAAAUGACACUCUCCACGAUCUAAUAUUCAGAGACAAGAACCAAGAUAAACCACCACUUAGUUGGAGGGAGAGGCUACGAAUUUCAUGGGAGAUCUCUCAUGCCAUGGCAUAUCUUCACACUGCCUUUCAUAGGCCUAUCAUCCAUAGGAGCUUAAAACCUCGAAAUGUGUACUUGGGUGAGGAUAAUGCUGCUAAACUGUCUGACUUCAGUCUUUCCAUUUCUGUUCCUGAGGGUGAAGAGUACGUUGAAGAUAUUGUAGUCGGGACAUAUGGUUAUCUUGCACCUGAAUAUGGUCAUUAUAAUAGGUUGUCAGAGAGUGUAGAUGUGUACGCAUUUGGCGUGUUUUUUCUCGUGCUCUUGACAGGAAAAGAUGCUGUGCUAAUGCCAGUCAAGUCACUAGGGGACAAUGGUGUGCCGACUCAUAUAGUUGAAUGGGUUAAAAAUGGUCUUGGAGACAACUGCAUCUCUGAGAUCAUUGACCCUGCUAUUGGUGGAAAUAAAUUGUCAACCAAUGAAGAGCUUAAAGAGCAACUAAGAGCUUCAGUAGAGCUUGCACUUCGGUGCACAGCAACAGAAGAACAUGCCAGGCCGACUAUGGUGGAUGUGGCAACUGAAAUCAAUAGUAUGAUCAAAUCUUCUGAAUCUUUCCCUGUGAGUAGCAGCAGACCUUGAUAUAUUAAUGAUUGUCCCUAUCUUUCACAGUACAGCAUUCUGCAAGCUGCUCAGAAAUUCAGAGAAGCUGCUGGCUGAUUUACAAGUAAAUAAACUGUAAAAUGUGAUGCUGAAUCGUUCAUCAUUGGAAUAUCAUUAUCUACACUGUUCCUAAAUGGUAUUAGAAGUUCAUAAUUGUAUAAUCCUCCAGAACUUAAUGUUUGUUGACAUUUUUUUGCCAAUUAGUAUAUCUUCCACAUAGGUUGUUGCAAUCUUGCUGUGCAAACUCUGUUAUGUUAUAUCAUCUGUCAUCAAACAGAAAAUUAUGACAUGAAUUUGGACCCUUUCUUUCAGGUACAUAAUCAGUUUUUGGUGUUUUACUUUAUCAGUUGGAAGCUUAAGCCUUUCUCAUGUGACACCUGGAGUCUUUGAUAAAAUUGCCUGAAGAAUUCAUUAAGCUCCACACUAUAUUUUCCUUUCUGCAUUUAUAUCUUUUUAUCAGGUGUUCGAAAUUUUCUUUUUCUUUUGUCGUAGUAGGGAUAUGAGAAAAUGAGAUACCUUAAUGAACUUCCGAUACCACUUUCAGGUUUGCUUUUUAAAUCCCUUCAUUUUCUAGUAUUUCCAAGGUUUGGUGCCAUGUUACUCUCAGCGCUGAUGAUGGUUGGAGCAAUAUGUCUCUCUACUGCAGAGAAAAGGAUUCCAAGCCUAUCUUGUUGGAUGGUACUUCGGCUUUGACAGCCCCUUCGUCUAUAGUUGUGUGAUAUGAGGGGGAUAUUAUGGUUUGACUUGUUCUGUCAAGUAGAGGCAUCAAAAGUUAGUAAUAUGCGAUGGGUAUGCUGACCCUAUUAGUACUCUGCGGUGGCCUGAUUGCAGUACGUGUUGCAGUAUUGCAUCUCUCAAUUUUCCAAAUGCAUUACAAGCAAAUGUGGAGGAGGUAACACCCUCCAUUUUCCAGCGGUGGAAAUAUUGUCAUUCAUGAAAGUCUUGUUGGUUACUAUAGAAACUAAUUAUGGAUGAGAGUGAUUUUGUGAAAAUAAAUUUCCGGACUGGCUGAUAUAGGUAGGAUGUUCUAGAAGAUGAACUGAUUAAGGUUGGGGUGAAAGGCACGAAGCCUGCAUCUGCAUAGUUGAAUGUGACAGACUGCCAAAAGAUAAUCCAAUGUGAUUGAAUCCGAAGUCUGUAGAUGAAUUUGUACAGCUGAGGCAUAAGCCUCUUCUACCGUAUGAUUAUCACCUUGUCAUUGUCCGUCUGAACAAAUGGGAAGUCAGGUGAUAAUCUGUUUCAGUCAUCUGUCCUGAAAUUUACACUACUUGCUGAGUUGCUGUUACGUUGAAUACAGUAUGGCUCUGUACAGGCCAAUUAUUUAUUCAAUUCAGUUGUGGAAUUUCCAGUUUAGCUUCACCAAGCUCAAGUUCUUGGAUUUAGAAACAAAGGUGUGGAAAGCAGAAUUAGCUUCUCAACUUAUGCUAUUGUGUCAUUGUGUGCACACAUUUAUGUAAAUUAUUUAAUACUUCGUAUAUAAGUGUAUUAUGUAAGUGGAUUGUGACCUUAAACAAUUAUAUUAUUUAU